UAGGUGCGUGGUGCCGGCGGAGGUUGAGUGUGAAACGUUAGAGGCGGUGGGUCAAGGGGCUGCGUUCGUUAUGUACCCCUGAUUGGCUGUAUAAUAUUCGAUCAUCUGCUAGCUAUAAGAACAGGCUCGCCUUUUCAAUCUUGCAUCCCUCUCCUCUCUUCUCUUUGCCUGUCAUGAGUGUCAUCACCAUUCUCCGACUGACUGCCCUUGUCGCGACAUUGGUAUUCUCGGUUAUCAUACUGGGAUUGAGUGCCCAUAUCACUUAUCUGACCACGACGGUGUAUGGGGCCUACUUCACGUUUGCUGCCAUGUCCAUUGCGACGGCGUGUCUCACCAUUCUUACCCUGCCGGUCAUGAUUGCGAUUGAUAUCACUCGAAAGGGUGCUUUUACAUCUAUGGUGGUGGUAGAACUCUCUUGGUUGGGUGUGCUGUGGGUGCUCUGGCUGACGAGCGCGGCGCUGACGGCCGAUGCUAAUACCAAGACCUUCGUGUCCGGGUGUGGUUAUAUCAACACGGAGAUUGACCAAGCGUGCAAAGAGUUCAACGCUAUCGAAGCGUUCGGAUUUUUGAAUUGGCUUAUCCUGUUGGGAUAUACGAUCACGCUGAUUGUUUUUGCUAUCAUUGCGGCAAAUCGAGGAAAUAAUGGUGUUUGGACGUCGUCUUCUACGGCGACUGACUUUUUCGCGAGGGGUCCUGGAGCGUACAGUGGUGCGAACACUGUUGCUCCGGAAAAAGUCAACUAUGCGCCUGCGCAGCCUCAGCCUUCGGUUGUUCAGUAUCCACCUCAGUCUCCGUCUGCGUAUAGUGCUCAGCAGCCCCAGCAUACCCAGCAGAGUUCUUAUCCUCAGGUAUAAAAUAGUGUCUGGUCGUCGUACGAUACCUUUGUUACCCAAAUGGCAAUGCAGUUUUGAAUUUUGGAACGUGCCUC